AUGAGAUUUAGAGUGGCAGAGACCUAUCAGAAUGCAACAACGGAACCUUACAUUUCUCGUCCAAUACGCUCGUCCAGAUUCUCUUCAUUCUUAUCUUCCUAUCUUGAUACUGAGUCCACAUCUUCGUUCUUCCCCUACCGGAGUGUGCCCCUAGGCCGUUUGAUUGGAAUUCAACCCAGGAACAGAGGAAACUCGUACUACCCAAAUGUAGUCCUCAACCAACAUGGGAACUUAUCCGUUACGAGGUCCGAUCAAGAUGAAUUUGAGGAUCAAGACAAUAGUCAAGGACUCUGUGUUACCCUUCUUCAUAAUGUAAUGGGGAAGAUGGGCAGAAGUGGAAGCAGCACAAGGCAUUAA